ACAAGGACGCUCGCUCGUGACCUACAAAAAAAAGCAAGUGUCACACGGAAAUGACGUCACGUCGUGUUCGUCCUUUCUAGAAAAAAAUGGCGGCUGUUGACAUCGACGUGCCGGUGGAUGCGGACUUUCUGCUUCACAAUCAAGACGACCUCGAACGUCAAGCCGAAGGCUUUAAAGAACAAGGCAAUGCAUUCUACAGCAAGAAGGACUACUCAGAGGCUUUCAAUUACUACACCAAGGCCAUUGAUGCCUGUCCCAAAAAUGCCAGCUAUUACGGCAACAGAGCAGCCACCCUCAUGAUGCUGUGCCGCUUCCGGGAGGCCCUGGAAGAUUCCCAGCAGGCUGUGCGGCUGGACGACUGCUUCAUGAAGGGUCAUUUACGCGAGGGCAAGUGCCACCUGUCUCUGGGGAACGCCAUGGCUGCCAGUCGCUGCUUUCAGAAGGUUCUUGAAAUGGAGCCAAGUAACAGAGAGGCCGAGCAGGAGAACAAGAAUGCGGAAACUUUGCUGGAGUUUGAGAGACUGGCAGAAUUUGGCUUUGAAAAGAGAGACUUCAGAAAGGUGGUGUACUGUAUGGAUCGGGCCCUAGCUCUAGCUUCUGCCUGCCAGCGCUUCAAAAUCCUCAAGGCCGAGUGUCUGGCUCUGCUUGGACGUUAUCCUGAAGCUCAGUCUGUCGCAAGUGAUAUCCUGCGUAUGGAUUCCACAAACGCAGACGCUCUUUACGUUCGAGGCUUGUGUCUCUACUAUGAGGACUGCAUCGAUAAAGCCGUACAGUUCUUUGUCCAGGCUCUGCGCAUGGCACCUGAUCAUGAAAAGGCCCGACUUGCUUGCAGGAAUGCCAAAGCAUUGAAAGCCAAAAAAGAGGAGGGAAAUCUGACAUUUAAGAACAACAACUAUGAUGCCGCUUAUCAGCUGUACACUGAAGCUCUCGGGAUAGACCCCAACAACAUCAAGACAAACGCCAAACUCUACUGCAACAGAGCCACCGCAGGAGUAAAGCUGAAUAAACUGAAUCAAGCUAUUGAUGACUGCACCAGUGCCAUUAAACUAGAUGACAGCUACAUCAAAGCUUACUUGAGAAGAGCUCAGUGCUUCAUGGACACAGAACAAUACGAAGAGGCCAUACGCGACUAUGAAAAAGUGUACCAGACCGAAAAAACGGCAGACCACAAGCAACUGCUGAAAAUGGCCAAGUUGGAGCUGAAGAAGAGCAAGAGGAAAGACUACUACAAGGUGCUGGGAAUAGGAAAGAACGCCACAGAGGACGAGAUCAAGAAAGCCUAUCGUAAACGAGCCCUGAUGCAUCACCCAGACCGCCACAGUGCGGCCACUCCCGAGGUGCAAAAAGAUGAGGAGAAGAAAUUCAAGGAAGUAGGCGAGGCCUUCACCAUUUUAUCCGACCCUAAAAAGAAGACCAGAUACGACAAUGGCCAUGACCUUGCUGACGACGGCUCCCUCGAUGGCGGAGAUUUUGAUGCAAACAACAUCUUCAGAGCCUUCUUUGGUGGUCAUGGUGGAGGCUUUUCAUUUGAUUCCAAUGCAGACUCUGGACCUGGAAAUUUCUUCUUCCAGUUUGGUUAAAGAGAAAAAAGGACCACAAAAUUAAAAACUAGCCCUCCAAUGUACAGUAUCAAGAUGAUGGUCCCACAAGUGACCCGAAGACUCCUGCAGCUUUUUGGAUUGACUGCUAUAAAUGUACACCUUGCAUUGAUGCUUGAAAACAACAACAACAACAAUGCUUUUUAAGUAACAAAAUGAGCACCAUCGGAGCAUGUUGCCAAAUUGAAAAUAACUGAUUUGUAUGUUAAACCUCUCCUGGAAAUAGAAUCAUCCUAUUUCAUUACUAUGAUACAAUGUGGUUAUUUUUGUUGUUUUUGUCCUCAAGGGACAGUCGAUAAACUGACCUCAGGACACUCAAACAACAGUCCAGGUUUUACUGGCUCAUUUGCCAGAUUUGAAAUCUUCCUUUUCUUCUCAUGCUGCAAUGUAUAUUUGACUUGAAUGUAAAGUCCUUAAAUGUUCAUAAAUGUUUCUCUUUUUUCUCUCAA